AUCAGUGUCAUUCUUAGAAAACACGUUCUCCAUCACCAUUGUCACUCUCCAGUUGGUGGGUAAAAUAUGGCGAGGAUUUUCCAUAAAGACCAAUCUGAGAUCACUAUGGACUAUGUGAAUCUUCCUGAUGCAAAAAAGAGCAGUUCUAGCGAGGGCGGUGGAGUGACUGCUGCGGUGCCUGGGAGAAAACUCUACAGACUGGUUGCCGUGAGCUUUGGACUCCUGUGUAUCCUACAAGUUGCUGUCAACAUUUCCCUGCGUCUCACUCUCUACAGCUCUGAUAGUAAGGCCAACUGCAAGAACCUGACUGAAGAGACUGACGAGCUGAAGGGAAAACUGACUAACUUUGAUCAAUAUUUCCAUCAAGGAUGGGUGUAUUUCCGCCCCAGUUUCUAUUACAUUUCUUCUGUCAAGAAAUCCUGGCAAGAAAGUAGAAAUGACUGUCUGCAAAGAGGUGCAGACCUGAUGAUUAUCAACAGCAAAGCAGAACAGGAAUUCACAAGAAAAAUCCACAAGCGGACAUGGAUUGGACUGAUUAAAGGAAAAACCAACGGGUCGUGGAAAUGGGUGGAUGGCACUCCACUGACUCAAAGCUACUGGGGCUACGGAGAGCCAAACGGUUUUGAAGGCAAAAAUGAAGACUGUGUAGAAACGAACUUCUAUGAUACAGUAAACAGCUGGAAUGAUCAACCAUGUGAAGAUCAAGACUUCUGGAUCUGUGAAAAGAUGGUGGCUUAAUGACUCAGCAUAUAAAACCCUGCAAAGCUGAAAUUCACUUUGUGUUCAGUCUGAAUGCACUAAUUCACAUUUCACAUACAGUACAGUAUAUUCUGGGAAACAAUUUCACACUCUGUACAUUUGAGUGACUAAGCUGUAUCAGUGUCUUUAUGGGGUUAAUAACCACUGAGCUAGAUGUAUUUUGUGAAAGUGUUGUUUCUAUAUAUAAUUUAAAACAGAAAAGAACUGAGAGUGAUAUUUCUUGACCAGAGGCGUUAUCUAUAUUUAGUCUUCUAGUUAGUUAGUUUAGUUGUUGUCAUUAUUGUCUUUCGUCCAGAACAACAGUGCUCUGAACCCCACCUGACCAGGAAGGGCCCGCCCAGCUAAAAAUUUAUUUACCAACAUUUUUACUGUCCACAUCUAAUAAUAAAUCUUUUGUCUUUUAACAUGAGUGACAAUAUUCUUGGCAUAAUGUCAUGGGAAGAGAGGUGAAAUACUAAUCAAAUCUAACCACAAUAGCUGGAUAGCUUCAGCAUAAAUGGUUUGUUAAGUUAUGCUACUUGUGCUGUGAAAUGUCAGAAUUUGAGUCAGAAAUGACUCAAAUGAAUCAAUAAGGUAUCAUGGAAGGAUUCAGAUGUGUAAAGGUACAUGUACAAGAGUUUGGUAUUGCAAAAUUGAUAGUAUUGAAUGUUGGGACUUUUUAUUAAAAUAAAAACGAACCAAAUGCUGUGA